AUGUGGGAUUUGACAAAGAGAACCCCAAAAGCCCUGAGAAAGGAGGCUCCAAUAUUACUUUUACCAAAUAUCCUCAUAUCCAAGAUCUUCGCAUAUCUUCUGUUAAUUGACCGAGUCUGUCUAUUACUCACCUGCAAAAGGUUUCAAUUUUUGAUCGACGCGACAAAACCAAAGGAAUUCAAUUUCCCUCGCCUCCUCAAGAUCAAAAAUCCUCGUCUAUGCGUGAACAAGGCUAACAUACUGCGAAACCAACUUCUCCUCCGCAUCGAAACACCUAGCUGGCUUUACUGCGGAGCAUGUCUGAAACUACACCCACGCAAAGCGUUCAGCCACCCUUCCGUCCCAUCCAUCCAUCGACGAUGCAGUGAUAACGCCGGAAUAGUCGAUCUAUGUCCCUGUAUCUCGCUGACAGCAGCGGAUCGAAAAAAUAUAAUCCAAUCCUUGUCGGUACCGAGCACUUUCAAUAAGCUCAAAGCUCAAUUGAGGCAUAUCAUCCGCCUAUUCACGAAUGGGAACGCACCCAACCCCCAAAUCAGUCUGGAUGGUCGUUUCAAAAUACAGGAAAAGGACGGUCUCAGCUAUCUCACACAUGCAUGCUGCGAGAGAGCAAAAUACUGGAAGACGAAUCUCCAACUCUUUGUGUUUAUCGAUGAAGAGAAGCUAGUAGUGCAUGCCGAGUACAGAUUGGACUCGCAGCGACCCAGGCGCAGGAACUGGUUGGCGGAGCCGGUCUUUGCAUGUCCGCACAAGGAUAUUACGCUUCUUGCUGGAUAUUUGACGGGUGCGAGGAUGUGUACGGAAUGCGAUACCCUCAUUGAGGGAACCUCGAGGCGCAAUGAAAACCCGGCUACGAUUUCAACGCAGCGUGUGCUUGGGGGUAUUGAAGAGUCUGAAUGUUCUACAUGGCUCCGGCAGUCGAGGUUUACUGAUCAGACUUAUGAUCAGUAUUUGAUCUACUGGCGAGAUGCGGCUGCUAUAAUCUUCGAGCGAAAGGAGAAACGGGUGAAGAUGAAGAAAUAUCUGGACUCGACGAAGCCUUCAAUAGAGCUUGAUCGAUCGCUUGGUCGAUCAAUAGUCUUCAAGCCAGUAUUGAAGAGGUCCAGGUCUCUUCCUUUGAGGUUCAUGCCAGGCAAGGUUGUCACGCUUGCAGAUUUGAAGCGAAGCCGGCUUCAAUGA